AUUGGACCUUGCACGAAGAAGCACGGAAUUUUCAAAGAUUGGGGAUGCUAGAUUUGAUUGCUUUUCUUUAAGCCAUUUUCCUUCUCCCUUGCGAGGCGUGGACGAUUUGAAAAUGAAUGCGAAGCUUUUUCUUGUGUUUUUCUUGCUUUUCGCCGUCUUUUCCUUCUGCGUUUCUUAUGUGUCUGUCAGUGUUGAUGUUGGAUGUAUCAUAGAAGAUGUAGGUCAAUGAGAGAUGGAUGGAGAGAUUGUGAGCUUCGAUGAUGUCGUUACAUUUGCUGGCAAUGAAUGACCGUCUUGUGCAUCAUCUUCAUGUUGAAGCGAGGGCAACUUUUGAAGUGCUUUAAUGCGAAAGCGAGCUUUCUCAAUUCUGAUGUGAAAGCUUUUUCAAACUAUAGCCAUGUGUUCCAUCCCUUCAUUCUAGUGAAACAGGUGUAUAUGCUCUCAACUGAUCGAAAAGGGAAAAAGGAAAGAAACAAAACUCCUCAGUUGCGCCAAGUAUUAACCCUCGUUCUCGGAAUAGACACGAAAACAUCCUUCAAAACAAACACAACCCCCACAACGACCCCUUCACACACCACUAAAACCCAUCACCGCCUAUCCAUCCCAGGCGCAGGAGGCGGCCCCCCCGCAGGAAACCCAGGCGGCGGAAACGAGUGCUGCCCCGGCGGAGGCACGGGCAUGCCAGGCAUGCCGGGGAAGCUCGGCGGCGGGAGACCGCCGGGGGCAGCAGCAGCGGGGGCGCCGGGGGCUCCCGGAGGCGGGAAGGGGGGCAGGCCGGCGGGCGGAGGGAAGGGUAGGCCGUUGGGGGGCAUCGGGGGCAUUCCGUUGGGGCCGGGGGGGAAGGGGGGCAUGCCGGGGAUGCCGAUGCCGCGGCCGCCGGGAGGGGCUGUUUUUGUAUAGGUCAGAAAAAGCGUGUUGUGCGGAGGAGGUUAGAGAUGGGAUGGGAUAGAACGUACGUGGGAGGCCGGCGGGGAAUUGGCCGGGAGGAGCGCCGGGCAUGCCUGGGAAUGGGGGAGGGAUGCCUAGAUGGGAGAACACUUGUGUUAGCGUUUUGUUUUCCUUGCUUCUUUCUUUUCUCAUGUGGCGGUCGAGUACACAACGGGGGCGUUGAAAAAGCCCAUCGUCGUGGUCGCAGU